AUGGACGAACCGCAGCCCAUUUUCAACUUCAUUUACAAAUACGUCGACGAGGAGCAGUUCAAGAAGUACUUCCGUCUCAUCAUAAUCGUCUGUGUGUAUCUCUUUUUCAGAACAUGGUACACGAACUGGGCCAAGACGAAGGAAAUCGCUCGCCGUAUCGAAGAGGACAACCGUUUGGCUGAGGCUCGUAAGAGUGAGAGGGAGGCCGAGGCCACGGAAAAGUUUGAGCUGUUGGACAAUGAGGCAGCCACCUUUGGUUGGGGAAAGGCCACCAGGAGAAACGUCAAGCGCCAGGAGCAUGUACUCAACGAGGCAGCUGAGCAGCUUCGGGCGGCCGAGCAGUCCACGUACGACGCUGCCGAGGACCACGAUAUCGAGGAUUUGUUGGAGGAGUAA